AUGACCAAGAAUGAACAGCUGACCAGUCUGCUCAAAGAGGCUCGAGGCGACCUCGAUGGAGAACUGGCACACCGCAUCGACGACCUGCUCCUGAAAUAUGAAGGCGACACACCCCCCGCAACACCCUCUGUAUCAAUGAGAGCCAUGGAGAAACGCCCACGCUCAUCCUCAGACGAUACCGAGUUCGACAGCCAGCAUCCCGACGAGAACCAAGUCUCAGCCUCGGUAGGCUCCAACGAGGAUCUUGACUUCCUCGAUGAGGACCUGCUAGGACAACAGGGAUCAACCAUAUCAGGCUACAUGGGCCGCAACUCACAGAUGCAAUGGAUGCGAACUUUGGAGCAGAAACUUAAUGAGCCUGAAGCUGAGCCCGCCGACCUGCCCUUUGCCCCCCCUGGGAAGGGCCAGAAAGCCAUCGACAAGCGCGCCCAUGCCCUACAUCAACGUCAGGCCCGCUCAAGCAGUAAACUACGCGUAUCGCUCGCUCAGUGUUACUUUUACCUCGACGAGGAAGACAUCGACGCAUUUGACGACGUUGACGCCGACGAUUAUCCACCUGUCGAAACAGCAGAGCGACUCACAGAAAUCUACAAAGAGGCCGUGCAUGCCCCUUUCAGAAUCCUCGAGGAUGCCUUCUUCCAACAGUUGCGCACGUUUUAUGAGAUGGUGCAGCGUGGCAAUGUACCAAUGGCUAGCUCGAGAUGGAAGGCUGUCAUGAACAUGCUCUUCGCCAUUGGAGCCCGCUUCUCACAUCUCAUUGGCGCCGACUGGCAAGCUGGCGAUCGUGACCAUCUCAUAUACAUGUCCAGGGCUGUAAAAGCCCUGGAAUUAAAGAAAUUCCAACAGUGGACGUGCGCUCCAGAUAGUCACAUUAUUCAGGUAUCUUGUCUACCCUCUACCCAUCAACACUAUUAA